GGCUCCGGAGCUGAAAUCUGGGUUGUUUUCUUUCAAAAACCUCCUCGCCUCGGGCCAGCGAGGUGGCAGCCGGGGCGCGGGCGCAGCUGGGCUUUUCACUUAGCGAGGCCGGGUUAGGUGCUUGCAAGUGGAAUAACUGAAGGAAAUGGCGCGCUCUGCAAGUACUUCUGCAUCUUACAGCCUCGGGUUUCGUUUAGCCGCUGUGGUUACGAAUAUUCAGAGAGACACUCCUUAAAUUAUUUUUAGGGUAGGAGCCACCAUGCUUCUAUCUCCCCAGGGGCUGCUGUUUGGUUUGUGGCCCGGUCUUUUUUUUUUUAAAUGGAGUUCAAGUGCUUUUCUUCAGCUAGUGGAGGGGGGGGGGGAGAGAAAACUUAUUAACAGAAGGAAAACUAGACUAGUGAACUGCUGCUUAAGAGCAAGGAAAAUAUUUCGUGUGUUGCCAUGUCUGAAGAUGCUUUAUUGGAAGAGGACAUUUGGGAGUACAAAUCCAUUAGGAAACAAAAGUUGGUGCAUCAGGUUAAUUCGGAGAGCAUCUCUACACCCGUGCAGAAAAUAAGUAAUGACAAGUGCAAGCCAAAAAGAAAGGGAAAUGGAAAUAAAAGAAAAUCAGUGGAAAAAAGUGAUACUGUUAAGAAAAGCAAGCAGAAAUCAAGACCAGAUCAGGAUCUAGAUCAAAGUAGAGACGAUACUAUCGUGCAGUCCCAGGAAAGUGUUAGUAGCCCGACAGAGCAAAGCUCAGAAAAUGCAAAGCUGGUUCGUGAUGGAUACUGUCCAAGCUGUCAGAUGCCUUUCUCUUUACUGUUAGUCCAGACACCUCGGUGGCAUGUUGCUGAAUGUUUGGAUACUCCAGGAUCUAUGGAAAAAGAGUGUCCUGAUGGCUUGCUGUGCACUUCCACCAUUCCAUCCCACUACAAGCGCUAUACCCAUUUUCUACUUGCAGCAAGCAGGGCAGGAGAUUAUCUUGUAAACUCUUCAAUAUAUACUUCAGAGAGGAAGAUCGCAUGUUCUACUGCUGCAGAGUCCAGCUGUUUCCCAACUCUUGUGAAGGCAGUCUCACAGAAUGAGAAGUCAUCCAGUAAUGUCCCAAAUGAUGAGCGUAUGUUGACGGUACAGAGUUCAACACAAAUGAAAUCUCUGAAUGUAACCAGUGAAAGUACUUCUUCUGCAAAUGUUCAGAGGCCUCAACAAACACUUCAGUUCACACAGACUACAGAUAAUAGUUGCAAAUUUGAAUUUUAUGACUUUGCAUCCUCUCAAGAAAGUGAAACAGGAGAAGAUCUGGAUAGUCAGAAAGAAACAAGUCAGCUAAGUCUGCUACAGUCAAAAGCUGACUUCAGUGACUGUGAAAUUUCAUAUUCACCACUAAGUACUUGUGAGGAAAGCGAAGAGGAAACUGAGGAAGAGGAGGAGAAGGUGAAAACAUCACAAAAGAAAUUAUUUGGAGUCCAGAACUCUGAAAAUGAAGAAUCUAAUUCUGUGUUGUUUAAAAAUUUUGAUGGGCUUCUCUUGCAACAGGCACAUCAGUAUGAGUGUAUUAAAAUGGGAGGUUUCACAACAGAAAAAGAACACUAUGAGAAAGUAAAUUUAUCAGUCCGUGUGGAUCAUAGUGUAAAAACUGUUUCUCAGGGUCACAUCAACAGCAAGUUCUCUAAUUCAGCAUGUGUAGAUAAUCAGCAUCAGCAAGAGGUGCUAACCACAGAAUCCUCUUUUCCUCUUAAUUAUGAUAUAAUUAGGGAGGAGGUUGAACAGUCAGAAUUGAUUUCCUCUGUUGCUAAUGCAGGUAAUAAAGAGUCAAAAGACAUUUGUGCUUUUGCUUUCGAUUCUGCAGAUAUGGCUCUUACUGAUAUGCCAUUGCUGCAAGUCAGAGAAGGUGCUAAGUCUCUCCUGUCAGAGAAAAGUAAUGUUUUGAAGGACCCACAUAACCUUUUAACUAGUACAGAUAAAAUGACUGCUAACACAAUUGAAAAAGCAGUGUGUCAGGAGCGUUUGCAGUCAGUGAUGGAGAAAGAAGGAACUCUUCCUAAUGCAGCUGCUGUAUGCUGUCCCAGCCCAAUCUCUGAAACAGUGCAGCUUGUUUCUUUAGCAAGAAUGAAUGCCAAAUCCAGUUCUGCCAGAGAACUCAAACAAAUGGACAUUGGUGUUUUCUUUGGGUUAAAACCCAAAGCAAAAGAGGAAAGCAAAGGAGAGACGUGUUCAAGUGAAGGAACGCAGCUAUCAAGUCCAGUUACUCCCAAUGGAAAGAGGCCCAGACAACGCAAAAGGAAAGCUGAAGGAUCUGUGGAGGAUGUAGAAGCAGUUACAGAAAGUUCAAAUAAAAAUGGAGUCUUUGCAGAUGCAAGUUCCGGUGGCCAACGAAGGUGGAGAAAAAAAUUUAGAGACUCAUCUGGUACAGGGGAAGGAACAAGAAAAAAACAGUGCCCCUUCUACAAGAAAAUACCAGGAACUGGUUUUACAGUCGAUGCCUUCCAGUAUGGAGAAAUUGAAGGCUGUACAGCCUAUUUCCUCACUCAUUUUCACUCUGAUCACUAUUGUGGGCUAACAAAAAACUUCAUAUUCCCAAUCUACUGUAAUAAGAUAACUGGCAAUCUGGUGAAGAGCAAACUUCGAGUCGAAGAGCAGUACAUCCAUGUGUUGCCGAUGGACACAGAAUGUAUAGUGAAUGGGAUCAAAGUGUUGUUGCUUGAUGCCAAUCAUUGUCCAGGUGCAACAAUGAUCCUUUUUUGUCUACCUAGUGGAAAUGUUAUUCUGCACACAGGAGACUUUAGGGCAGAUCCUUCUAUGGAGCGCUAUCCUCCUUUGAUUGGUCGAAAAGUCCAUACCCUUUACCUUGAUACCACAUACUGUAGUCCUGAAUAUACUUUUCCUUCUCAACAAGAAGUUAUCCAGUUUGCUGUCAAUACUGCCUUUGAGACAGUAACUUUAAACCCACGUACUCUAGUUGUCUGUGGCACCUAUUCCAUUGGAAAAGAAAAAGUUUUUUUAGCGAUUGCUGAAGUUUUGGGCUCAAAAGCAAGUAUGUCCCGUGACAAGUACAAAACGUUGCAGUGCCUGGAGUCAGCAGCUGUUAAUUCCCUCAUCAGUAUGGAUUGGGAUGAUAGUUUGCUUCACGUUCUUCCCAUGAUGCAAAUUAAUUUUAAGGGUUUGCAAGAUCACUUGAAUAAGUUUUCUGAAAAUUUUGAUCAAGUUCUGGCUUUCAAACCUACUGGGUGGACCUACUCGGAUUCAUGCCUUUCUCUGGUGGACAUCAAACCUCAGACAAGAGGAAGGAUCACCAUAUAUGGGAUUCCUUACAGCGAACACAGCAGUUACCUAGAAAUGAAGCGUUUUGUUCAAUGGUUGAAGCCACAGAAAAUCAUCCCCACUGUAAAUGUUGGUGACUGGAGAGCCAGAAGCUUGAUGGAGAAGCGGUUUAGAGACUGGAUGACUGAAGGCAAUGGGCAUAAAUAAAAAUAAGGAAGGAUGUAUACUUCAAAGGAAAUAAGGAGUUGAAGUUCCCAUGUUUAAUUCCUCCUUUUUCUGUGGAGUCCUGUUUGAGUAGGACUAAGCUGCUGUUCUCAUGAAAAACCCAUUUUUUCUAAAUACUGCUAUCUUGCACUUCUAAUGUACCUAUUAAUUUAGUUUCCAAUAAUUUAUAACUUGUCUGCAAAUGCAUAUUGCAGGUGAUUUUAUCUUACUCCUUUUUCUUCCAUGUUCUUUAUUUCCCCGAGAUCAUUGAGAUGCUCAGAUCUAAAAUGCUGGGGGAUAAAAUGCUUCCAGGUUAAGGAUAUCUGAAAAGGAAGUUACGAUAAUAAAUAAACCAGUGAUAGUAAGCUUAUGCGGAGUCACGUCAAUACAGGCUUCAGAGAAGCUCUUUUCAAUAGGCAGAACUGGCUGUUGUGACAGCGAUGAUUUAAAGCUUGUAAAGAAAACUUACCUUAUGGCAGAGGAUUGGUUUGGGCAGUUGCAGCAUACAUACUUGAGGAAUAAUUUAAAAAAAAAUGUUGCUACCUACAUUCCGGUCAAGAUUUUAUAAACUUUUAAAAAAAUAAAAUAUAAUCUACAUGAUAUGUGUUUUCUUUUUAAGUUAGAGGGAAGGGUAUUGCUUUCAGUACUUCAAUUGCCAAUCCGACAAACCUCUAACAUAUUCAGUGAGCAUUCUGUAUAUACUGCUUGUUUGUACAGGCUUUAUGAGAUUGGUCUGAUGUUGUUGUAGUGCAAAUAUGUCAGCA